AUGUCCCAACAGCAAUUACCAGCGCAGCAGCAAUCUUACACUAUUUGGUCACCUCAGGAUACUGUUAGGGACGUUGCAGAGUCUUUGGGUAUCACUAAUGUUAGUGAUGAUGUUCUGAGGUCUUUAGCAAUGGACGUUGAAUACCGUAUAUUGGAGAUUAUUGAGCAGGCAGUGAAGUUCAAACGGCAUAGUAAACGAGAUGUUUUGACUACGGAUGAUAUAGCAAGAGCUUUGAGAGUGUUAAAUGUCGAACCUUUGUAUGGAUAUGAGGAUAAUUCAACUCGUGAUAAGGAAGUUUCUUUCAGUAAGGUUACUGGACAAGGUGGUCAGACAAUGUACUAUUUAGAUGAUGAAGAAAUCGACUUUGAUAAAUUGAUUAAUGAACCUUUACCACAUGUUCCAAGGUUGCCUACUUUCACUACACAUUGGCUGGCAGUUGAAGGUGUGCAGCCAGCCAUACCUCAGAAUCCAAACUUAAAUGAUCUAAGGAUGACACAAUUGCCUUUAACAAGAGGAGCUAUCGUUACAGCACUAAAUGAUACGUCGAUCCAGACUUCAGUUUCUGAAGAGAAGUCUGAACAUGUCUCACAGGUCAAGCCAGGACAGACUAACGAAACCAAACCUCUAGUCAAGCAUGUUCUUUCUAAAGAACUGCAGAUUUACUUUAACAAAGUUGUUAGUGCAUUAACUUCUAAAGAUCAAAAUUUAAAUGCCCAACACAUGAAGGCUGCCGCAUUGACAUCGUUAAAAUCAGAUACUGGUUUGCACCAGCUUAUUCCAUAUUUUAUUCAAUUUAUCGCCGAGCAAAUUACUCAUAAUUUAUCAGAUUUGGAUCUACUAACUACCAUGUUAGAGAUGAUAUACUCUUUAUUGAGUAAGCAGUCAGUCUUUCUUGAUCCAUAUAUUCAUUCUCUGAUGCCGUCAAUUCUAACACUCUUACUUGCCAAAAAAUUAGGUGGCGCACCAUCGUCAACUUCUUCUGAGGAUGAGCAGGACUUUUUGGAAAAGACAAAUGCAUUACGUGAUUUUGCAAGCACUCUUCUGGACCACGUUUUGCAGAAAUUCCCACAGGUCUAUAAAUCAUUAAAACCAAGGGUUACCAGAACACUAUUAAAAACCUUUUUGGAUUCGAACCGAUCAUUCGGCACUUAUUAUGGAUGUAUUCGUGGUGUUUGUGUAUUGGGUAAUGAAACCAUAAGAUUCUUUUUGGGUAACUUACAAAAUUGGGCUAAACUAGUGUUCGAAGAAAGCACAUCUUCUCUUGACGAUAUUCAGAUUAAAGAGACUUCAAAAAUUUCUAAGAAGGAAGUUCAACUGCUAGCUGACGUUAUAGUGAAUGCUUUGGCCCUUCUUACUUCAGAUUUACCUGAGAAUUACAAGCCUGUGAGUAACAAUAUAAAUGAAGAAGACAAGGCUAAAUUGGUAGAUAGAGUUGGCGUCACUAUCACAAGUUGUUUAUUGAAUAGAAAGGACGCAAAACUACUAAUGGAUGCUAUCUUUUUCGGAGAGGUUUGA